AUGGAUACAACAAAAGCGAAUGAGUCAGGAAAAACACAACAGGGGGAUGGAACAACUGCUGCAGAAAGUAUAUUUGGAUCUAUGACAGGGAAGAUACCGAUACAGUGCCGGAGGAUGGUAGAUAAAUUUGCACAGGCAUUUCUUCAGAGAAGGAAAGAGAAAGCUGAGCUCGAAAGCUUGGCAGAGCUACAAGCAGUUGAAGAAAGUUUUUACAUGCACAAGCAAAACUCCGAAGCGGAAGGACAUAUGUCAUCAAACAUCACAAGGGCGAGCAAAAAAAAAUGCAAGGACUUCGAUUUAAAUGAGGUGCUCAAAUUCGAGGACGAAGACAACGAAGGAUACGCUGAUAGCAACAUCCCAGAAAUGCAUGCAGAUGGUGCAUCAUUUGCUGGUGAGAAUGCCUGCCCAGGUGACAAUGCUGAUUAUUCAAAUGGUAAUGAGCAUGGGAACAAAGAAGAUGAUAAAUAUGAAGAAAUUCUUGAGUCGGUGCUUGAAUCCGGAGGAACCGACUCGUCGAAGAGCUUGAAAUGGACAGAAUUGUACGCAAGAAGGGUUGGAUUUGCAAUAAAAAAGGACACCUCCUACGAGUCUAGAAAAACCAAUGAAAUAACAAGACAGACAUUCGCAUGCAACAGGUGCCGUGAGGAUACAUACAUUGACAGUGCACUCAGACAGAGACGGACUUCCAGGAUUGUGCAGACAAAAUGCAAAGUCAGAAUGUUUGUGAAGGAAUACAGAGGAAAGUGGUCAAUAAGUAACAUAAGACUAGAACAUAACCACAGCCUAGCUCCGUCAGAGUGGAUAGUAAGGUUCAUGAAGUGUCACAGGUCAAUGUCUGCCUCAGACAAGACUCUGAUCCACAUCCUACAAGAGACAAGAGUUCCACCCAAGAACAUAAUGAAAAUAUUCAGGAAAACAAGGGGAAGCUUCAGGGCAGUUCCAUUUGAUACAAAAAACCUAAAAAACGAGCUAGCAAAAGAAAGAAAGAAAAUUAAGAACAGGGACAUCGAAGAGUUGCUGCUACUAUUCAAGGAAGCACGUGAAAAGAUGCCUGGAUUCAGACAUUCAAUUGAUGUUGACAGCGAUAAUAGAGUGAAAAGUAUAUUUUGGACAGACCAAAUAGGGAGGGCAAACUACUCAAAGUUUGGUCAAUUUGUAUCAUUUGAUACAACAUUUUCAACCAACCAGUAUGGGAUGCCAUUUGCUCCAAUAUUAGGGGUUGAUAACUAUGGCAAAACAGUCGUGUUUGGAGUAGGAUUGCUGGAGGAUGAGAGAGCAGACACUUUCAAGUGGCUGUUUGAGGAAUUCCUGUCUGCCAUGGACAACAAGCACCCAGAAACUAUAAUAACAGACCAAGACGUUGCAAUGAGGAUUGCAAUAUCUAAAGCAUUACCUUACACAGUGCACCGUUUCUGCAACUUUCACAUCAGCAAGAACCUGGAUGACAAGUUGUCCCUAUUCUUCGCAGUAAGAGGGACUCUAAAGGAAGAACUAAGAGCGGUUAUAAGGAACUCAUUUACUCCAGAGGAAUUUGAAAAUAGCUGGCAUGAUCUACUGGAGCGUCAUAAUGCUUUGGGAGAGCCACACCUGGACAGGAUAUAUGACAUCAGAGCUCAGUGGGUCCCAGCAUAUUUCAAAGAGAGAUUCUUCCCAUUCACUUCAUCGACGGGGAGAAGUGAGAGCACAAACUCCUUAUUCAAACACUAUGUAAAAAGGAAGGACUCGAUUGCAACAUUCUUCAAGGAGUAUAUCAUAAUACAAGAAAAAAAACAGUCCGACCUAGAUCACCUAAGAGAGAAAAGUGAGUUCAAGGAGUCUGUGAAUUGGGGAUUCAAUCCUCUUGAAAGGGAAGCAAUGAAAAUCUACACAGACCCAAUAUACGGCAAGUUUGCUGAAGAGCUAAGGAAGGGUACUGCUUACAACGUUGAAGUUGUGGAAGAGAAGAGAUUAUACAGAGUGAUUAGGGUGGCUAACUAUAGGAAUGCAGAGUUCCCCAGAUUAACAUAUGUGGUUAGUGUUUCCUCUGAUGACGAUGUGUACAAAUGCUCGUGCUCAAAGAUGGCUCGCGAUGGAAUACAGUGCUGCCAUGUCAUGAGGGUGGCUAGUCAUAUUGGUUUGACUGAGCUUCCUGUCAGUUUCAUCAACCCUAGAUGGACUACUGCAGCUGGGAUAGAGGUAGCGCGAUUGACGGAGAGAAGAAGCAAUACAGCAUCACAUAAUACACACUUGGCUGUUAGACACGCAAUUGAAAUGAGCAAAAUAUCACACAUACUAUCUACUGUCUGCACGGAUGAUAGGUCAUACGACUUGUUUGCUGAAGGAGUUGCUGAGCUGAAGAAAGCUAUAUGCAAAGAUGCAAUUGAACGCCUCCAGACGAAAGAAAAAGUCACACGUAAGAGAAAAAAGGUUGAUGGCCCAGUUCAACAAGAUACUGACAAUGCGUCAUGA